UUUACGCGGCUGCUUUCGGUGGGUCUGCUCCUGCCCCGUUACUCUCGGUUGUCUCGGUGGAUUAACGGUGGACUGUCCGGAGCUCCGGGGACACGUUAAUGGAGGAGCCGUUAAGUUAUACCAGAAAGGAGCCGGUGGAGGAGGAGGAGGAGUAGGAGGAGGAGGAGGAGGAGGAGGAGAACUUUUCCCGCGGUGUUGUAGCGUAGUAGCGUGAUGCAUUGUGAUGGAGGAGACGGAGCACAGCCAGUACGUCGCCCAGCUGAAGGUAGAGUUUGACAGCUGCGACACGACGGCCACUGGCUUCCUGGACCGAGACGAGCUGACGGUGCUGUGCAGGAAACUGCAGCUUGACGCUCACCUGCCGCUGCUGCUCCACACGCUGCUGGGAGAGCGCACCUACGCCAGGGUGAACUUUGAGGAGUUUAAAGAAGGCUUUGUGGCCGUUCUAUCUCGCUCUCUGGACUUCAGCACGUCAGAGGACGACAGCAGCUACCUGGAGCCAGCUGUCCCAGAGGAAGUGAAGCCAAAGUUCAUAAAGGGAACGAAGCGUUACGGCCGUCGCUCUCGUCCCGACAGUCAGCCUGGCGCCGCUCUGACCUGCAACUCUGAGGAGUCACCACCGUCCAGAACAGAGGCCACAGACUCGUCACCGCCCGGCGUUCGCAGGGCCAAACUGAGACGGUCGACGUCCCUGGAGAGUGUGGAGAGUCUGAAGUCUGAUGAGGAGACAGGAAGUCAGAAGAACAUCCAGCAGGACUGUCAGAGUAAAGUUGCUAAGCAGGAGGCGGAGCUGGGAGAAGGAGGAGUAGGAGGAGGAGGAGGCAUCCUGACAGCAGUGUGUGAUCACCUGGGCCUGCAGCAAUGCAACACACAGGAAGUGGAUGCGCUGAUCAGGAAGUUGGACACCGACCUGGAUGGCAGAGUUAGCAUCAGGGACUUCCAGAAGGUUCUGUGUGUCUCCGCCCCUGUCUGCUCCUCCACCCCCGUGCGAUCAGCUGAUCUGCAGAGGGCGCCACAGCGGUCUCAGGAGGUGUUGGAGGAGCGCUCGGCUCGCUCCACCUCGCCCUCCCUGCUGACGGCCACCGUGGGUCAGAGAGUCCUCAGCCGGCUGGACGAAGGUUCAGGAUGCACCAGCCCCGAGCGGGUCAUCGCCCUAUGGACAGAGGAGGGAAUCCGGAACAGCCGGGACAUCCUGCAGACUCUGGACUUCCCCCUGGAGGAGCGUCUCAGUCUGGCAGACCUGACUCUUGCUCUGGACAACGAGCUGCUGGUCAGUGGUAACGGCAUCCACCAGGCGGCACUCAUCUCCUACAAGAACGAGAUCCAACACCUGCAGGCGGUGUUGGAGCAGGCCUGCAGGGAGCGUGAUAAGGUGAAGGCCGACCUGGAUCAGGCCGAUCACAGGAACCUGCAGCUGGUCAGAGAGGUGGACGACCGCCACGCCAGUAUGGAGACUCUCAACCAGACCAGGAUCAGGGACCUGGAGCAAGACUUCCGUGAUAGGUUAGCGGCUCUGCGCAGUCAGUCGGAGCAGGAGAGUGAAGCUCUGCUGCAGCACGUGGAGACGGAGCGCGGCACGCUGCAGGAUGAGCUGCAGCUGCUGCAAGCGCAGGAGGCGGAGCUGCAAGAGGAGCUGCGCAGCGCCACGCGGGAGAACAGUCGUCUGGAGGAGGAUCUAAGGGUGAUGAAGCUGAAGCUGACUGAAGCAGAGAGCUCAGUGAACAGACUGCAGAGAGACCUGGACCAGCUGCUGCAUGACAAGUUUGGCAGCCUGGAUGCAGCAAGCGCUGGUCUGAGUCAAGAGGAGCGAUUCUCUGAGAUCGUCAAAGAGUACGAGCUGCAGUGCAGGGAGCUGCAGGACAGAAAUGAUGAGCUGAGCUCAGAGUUGGAGCUGCUGAAGAGUCAGAGGAGCGACAGGAAGUCCAGACGGUCUGCAGGAGAUGACACCUCCACCGCUCUGAGCUGGACCGACCAACAAGCUGUCAGCGCUGAGUCCGACUCUGACGAGUCGGACAUAAAGAGCAGCUCGUCUCCUGCAGUCAGGAAGAAACUGCAGCCAGCAGAUAAAACAGCCCUGUCCUCGUUGGGCGGCGUCUCCGGUCCGGCCGUCAGUAUCCAGACUGAACUGGCUCUGGAGCAGCUGAAGCAGAAUCACAACCAGGAGCUGCAGCAGCUUCACAUCCAGCUCGACACACAGGUGAACUACUAUGAGCGGCGCCUGGAGGUGAUGAGGCAGAGCAUGGAGGUGGAGCGGAAAGAUAUCUCUCAGGCCUUCAAGCUGGAGAUCAGUGAGGUGGAGGAGCAGAAGGCUCAGGUGGAGCAGCAGGUGAAGCAGCUGAAGGAGACGGUGGACAAACUGCACGCUCAGAUCCAACAUGGAGGAGGAGGGUGGAGCCACGAGCAGGAGCGCAGGAUGCAGCGGGAGCGGGCGGAGCUGGAGCAGAACUUCGCCAGAGAGAUCGGGAACCUGGUCCAGAGACUGAGCGCUGAGAAGGAGCAGCUGGAGGCGGAGCUGAAGCUGAAGAUGGACCAGGAGGUGAUGCUGGUCAGGGACGAGGCGGAGCAGCAGCUGUCUCACAUGAAGCUGCAGUACGGCGAGGGCCAACGACGCCUCCUCCACCAGCUCCAUCGGGAGCGCCAGCAGCUGCAGGAGCAGAGAGGAUGCUGGGAGAAGAGGCUGGCGCAGGUGGAGCAGGAGAAGCUGCGGAGUGAGGAGAGAGCCACUGAGGAGAGGAGGAAGGUGGAGGAGCAGCAGGAGGAGGUGUCCAGAUUACAGGAGGUGGUACAGAGCUCCCACCUACAGAUCAGCCAAUCAGAGGCCAGCAUGGAGGAGCUGAGGAGGCGCUGCGGGCAAUUGGAGGAAGAUCUUAAAGCGUGUAGUGGGCGGUGCUCUGAGCUGGAGGCGCGGUUGGAGGAGGCGUGUUCUCAGCUGGAGGCGAGCGUCUCCGUCCUGGAAUCUCAGGAGGUUUUAAACAAGCAUCUGAGCUCAGAGCGGCGCUGUGUGGAGGCGGAGCUGCAGGAGGUGAAGCACAGGGAGGAGCAGCUCCUCCUCCAGCUGGAGAACCUGCGGGCUGCGUCUGACAGCAUCCUGCAGGACCGGGAGGUGGUGGCCGACAACUGCAGCCGCCUCUCCAACGCCUUCAUCCAGCAGCAGGCGCAGCUGCGAGCACGGGAGGAGACGGUGGACGGCCUCAGGGCAGAGCUGGAGGCGCUGCAGGAGGUCACCAGGAGCACGGCCGCGGAGCUGGACUCCCUGAAGACGGACCGUUCCAGGCUGAUCCAGGACCUGAAGGACCAGGCCAUGGCUGUGGACACCCUGCAGCUGGAACUGGAUGGAGUCUCUGAGGAGGUGGAGAGGAGGCGGAGCUCUGAGGAGGCUCUGCAGGAGGCGCUGAAGGAGGAGCAGAGCAGGAGCUCACAGCUGUGCUCUGACCUGGACGAGGAGAAGGAAGAGGUGCGACGUCUGAGCCAGGAGAACACUAGCUACGCCCGUCUGGCCGACCAGCUCUCCACCCAGAUCGUAGAGAUGGAGGAGGAGAUCUCCACCCUCAGAGACCACCUGAAGGAGCUCAGCUCCCAGCUCAACGACACCGCCGACCUCGUCCUCGUCCUCAGGACGCAGCUCAACGCCAAGACCAGCGAGACCGACCACCUCCGGGUCCAGGGGCCCGACGGAGUUAAGAUCCUACUGAGACAGACAGAGACCAACCAGCUGGACCUGAGGGACCAGCUGAGGACGGAGGACCUGAGGGACCAGCUGAGGACGGAGGACCUGAGGGGACAGCAGGUCCUCCAGCUGCAGAGGGACCUGCAGAACUCCCAGGACCAGCUGCGGCGGGCGGAGGAAGACUUUGAGCAGGAGAAGAUGAAGAUGAAGCAGCAGCUGAUGGAGCUGGAGACGCUGGUCCUGGCUCUGGAGGACACGAUGGACCUGUCCCGUCUUCACAGGACUCAGCUGCAGGAAGUGCGAUCAGAGAACGCAGCUCUGCAGGAGCGACUCAGCGUCCUGCAGCAGGAAGUCCACGGCCUGGAGGACGACAUCGCCAACAAGAGGAGGAAGCUGGAGGACCUGGAGCGGGAACAUGAGCGGAGCAGAGAGGAAGAGGAGUGUCUCCACAGAGAGAACUCCAGGUAUCGUGAGGAGGUCCUGGAUCUGAGCCGCAGGAACCUGCAGCUCAGCAACGACAACGCCGAGCUCAGCGCCCGUCUCCGUGGAGACCAGGAGUCAGUGCGGAUGCUGAGGGAGCGUCUGGCGACGGUUUCCAAGGAGCAGGAGGAGGAGGGAGCACUGGUGCGGCGGCUGCAGGAUGCGGCGCUGCAGCAGGAUAGAGAGAAGCUGCAGCAGCAGGCGGCGUGGACGCAGGAGAGACAGCUGCUGGAGACAGAGCUCAGCUCCUACAGGGACAAGCUGGGCCGACAUGCGGAGCUGGAGGCAGAGCUUAGCAGUGUGACCCUGAAGCUGCAGUGGGUGGAGGAGGAUAAAUCCAAACUGCUGAGAGAGGCUGACGACCGAAACAACAAGGUGGAGAAGCUGCAGCAGGCGGCGCUCUCUGUGGAGGCGGAGUCAGAGCUACUGCGCUCUCAGCUUCACGGCGUCACUCAGGAGAAACUGAACUACGCCAAGGAAGUGACGGAUCUGCAGAGGAAGCUACAGGACGCUCUCAACAAGGUGGAGCAGUUGGAGAGCAGCGUCAGGAAGCUGAUGAGGGAGAAGGAGGAGCUCCAUCAGGUUGUGGAGGAGCAGGGGGAGCAGGAAGAGGCCCACAGACUCCGGGUCCACAACCAGGAGCUCCAGCAGCAGGUGUCGGAGCUGACGGUCCGCAGUCUGGAGGUCCAGAACCUGAAGAGCCGACUGAAGGAGGCGGAGACAGAGAGGAUGCACGCUCAGGACCAGGCAGUGCGGGCCGACACGGCGCUCAGUCUGGUUCAGGCGCAGCACAUCAGGCAGCUGCAGGAGGCGCAGCAGCGGGCGGGGGAUGGGCGCAAGGAGGAGGUGGAGCUGCUGCAGGGCCGCCUGCAGGAGGAGCAGAGGAGGAGUCAACAGCUGGAGGAGACGCUGAGGCUUCAGGCCCAACAGAGCUGCUCCCAGAUCAGCUGCAAGCAGGAGCAGUACGAGAAGGCGGUGUCGGCGCUGCAGCAGAGGAUGGAGGAGCUGGAGACGAAGCUGAAGGGACUCCGGAUGGUUCUACAGGACAAAGUCCAGCAGCUCAAAGAACAGAUGGCGAAGAAUACCAAGUCCAGCGCGCUGCUGAAGGAUCUGUACGUGGAGAACUCUCAGCUGAUGACAGCGCUGCAGGUUACCGAGCAGCGGCAGAAACACGCAGAGAAGAAGAACUCCCUGUUGGAGGAGAAGGUCAACGCUCUGAACAGACUGCUGAGAGAGAUCGUCCCCGCUGCGCUCGCCACGUAGAGCCACGCCCACCUUAGAGACCUGCAGCAGCUGAUCUCACAUCAGUUUGACUGAGGAGGGCAUUAGCUUAGCUUAGCUUAGCAUAGCACAAAGACUGGAAACAGAUGAGAACUGUUAGCAUACAGACACACCUGGACAGGAAACACACCUGCACAGGAAACACACUUGGACAGGAAUCACACCUGGACAGGAAACACACCUGGACAGGAAACACACCUGCACAGGAAACACACCUGGACAGGGAACACACCUGGACAGGGAACACACCUGUCUGACGACACCUGUUUUUGUUAUAGGUGAGACGAUGUCAUGUUUAUGUUUGGCCACGUCUGCAGAGUGAACACAUUAAAGUUCCUCACCUGCCCGUUAGAUCUGACUCAUCUGAGCGUGCUCCACAGAACGUGUUGAAUCAGACAACAUGACAUCAUCAAACCUUUAGUGGCGUGACUUUAACAACAUGUGGCUCACUGUGACAGAUAUUACUGUCAUCACUUGACCCUCUGGGGCCUCCGUAGUUUCCUUUCUGCCGGCAGGUGUCAGUGGGAGGUGAUGAUGUCACCUGUACAGAGACAGAGGGAGGUGAUGAUGUCACCUAAGACGUGGACGUGCAGUUUGACUCUCAGGUGAAGGAGGCCUGUGUGUUCAUGGUCGGUGUGGGCGUGGCCUGUUAUUUAAACGUGUCAUCAGCACACACACACACACACAGUAUUUCUGCCAUGAUGGUGUUAUGUUACUUUAUUUCUAUAUUUGUAUUGUUAUUAUGUUUAUUGUCACAGUGAGACGUGAUUUUGUAAAGGUGGACUGCUGAUGAUGAUGAUGAUGAUGUUGAUUGUGAUGAUGAUGAUGAUGAUGAUGUUGAUUGUGAUGAUGAUGAUGAUGAUGAUGUUGAUUGUGAUGAUGAUGAUGAUGAGUUUAUAGUUUUCCCGUCAGAGUGAGACCUCUGACUCCUCCUCCCAGCUCUGACUUCCUGUCAGUUCAGGUACCAAACACACCUGUCUGUGACAUCAUCACACAGCACACUGUAACCUGACACCACAUUAAAUUAUCUGUUUAUAUCUCA